ACUGCCCACUCUCAACUUCCCAAGACACCAUAAAAACACAAACACACAAGCCGCGUGUGGCAACUACUCAUGCUGUUCCGUUCUCUGUCUUUGUCAUCUCUUCUCAAUGACACAUACCUUAUAUCUUAAUCUAAAUACACCGCACAUAUCCCACUUCCUAAAGUUUCGCCAAAUUCUCUUUCUCUCCCUCAUCCAAAUCUAAUCAGAAUUAGAUAGAAGCAAAAGGAAAAUACCAAUAGGCACCACCAAGUUUGGAGUUUAAGUUUCUGUCUCCAAACGCAUGGGUUAUUCCACCUUGUUGCUGAACGCGUCUUUCCUCAUCGUCUUCUCUGUUUUCCUUGUUCUUCAUGUCAACUCUCCUUCAGAACAGCUUCCUCUGAGAAAGUACCAUUUUACCCUUGGUGACAUUGAUGAGAAUGAUGAUUCUUGCAAGAGCUUUCACAGCCUCAGUGACAACGAAGCAAAGUGCUUGUACUUGAAAUCCAAUGACCCUUGUGUCACUGAGGGUUAUGUUGAUUAUCUUUACCUUUUCUACUGCAAAUUUGGGGAUUUAGCUCUUUUUGGUCAAACCCUUUUGUUCCUUUGGCUAUUGGUCUUGUUCUACCUUCUAGCUAACACUGCUUCUGAAUACUUUUGCCCUUCCCUUGAGAGCCUCUCAAAAUUGCUGAGAUUGUCCCCAACAGUUGCUGGAGUAACCCUUCUUUCCCUUGGCAAUGGUGCCUGUGAUGUCUUUGCAACACUUGUUUCCUUCAAUGGCAGUGGCACUGGAGGUAUUGGAUUCAACACUGUGCUUGGGGGUGCUUCCUUUGUGUCCUGCGUUGUGGUUGGGAUUGUUAGCAUAUCGGUUAGGCAUCGAGGAAUUCGAGUUAAGAAGUCUGCAUUGAUAAGAGAUGUCAGUUUUCUUCUCUUUGUGCUUGUGUGCUUGUUCGCCAUCUUAAUUGCCGGCGAGAUCAAUGUUAUUGGGGCAAUUAGCUUCUGUUUGAUGUAUGUUGUUUAUGUGGUUAUUGUCUACAUCUCGUCGACCCGGUGGAAGGGUGACUCUAGCGACGGUCAAUCGAGUAAUGGCGACGAUCCGUCCGUGCCCCUUAUCAUUGGAAUGGAGAAAGGAGUAAUUGGUAAUGAUGAAAAUGGAUCUCAAGAAUGUAGGUUCAACUUUGAGGAGAAAUUCUGCUUUAAGAAAUCUCCAGUUUGUAGAUUUUCACUUUGUGUCUUGGAGUUGCCACUUUACUUGCCAAGGAGAUUGACAAUUCCGGUUGUUUGUGAAGAGAGAUGGUCCAAACCAUAUGCAAUUCUGUCAGCCCUGUUAUCACCAUUGCUAUUGUCUUCUCUCUGGACCCCGGGAAGCCUAACGGUCUAUGGAACCGGAUUAUUAAUCGGAAUCAUCUUAGCCGUAGCCGCAUUCUUCACCACCGAGCCAUCUAGUCCGCCGAAGAAGUACAUGUUCCCUUGGCUUGCAGGGGGGUUUGUGAUGAGUGUUACAUGGAGUUACAUUUCAGCUCAAGAACUGGUUGGAUUGUUGGUCUCACUUGGUUACAUAUACGGAAUUAGUCCUUCAAUUUUGGGGCUAACAGUUCUUGCUUGGGGAAAUUCAAUUGGAGACUUAGUGACAAAUUUGACUAUGGCGUUACAUGGUGGGACAGAAGGUGCUCAAAUUGCAAUAUCAGGUUGUUAUGCUGGCCCUAUAUUCAACACUGUGAUUGGAUUAGGCUUAUCCCUUGCAAGUUCAACUUGGUCACAGUAUCCAAAUUCUGUUAUUAUACCAAAAGAUCCAUAUCUUUGGGAAACACUAACACUUUUGGUAAUUGGAUUGAUUUGGGCACUUUUGGUGUUGGUAAGAAGGGAUAUGAAGCUUGAUUCACUCUUAGGGGGAGGGCUUCUUGCCGUUUACUUCAUUUCAUUGUUUCUGAGGCUGAUUCAGACAUUAGGGACUUGCCAAUUUCAGGAUAUAUUACCAAAAUGAACAACAUUUUUGGGUCAGAUGUUUUAGCAACUGACACUAUUUUUCUGUAAAGGAGAACUUAUACUAUGUCACUGUCAUUAGGUAAGUGUAAAUCUCUUAGCUUCAUGAUUUCUUCCACUGUUGUUUGUACCUAGCUUUUCAUGGUCAAUGCCAUGUUUUAUGCAUCCAGAUAUCUGGAUUUUGUUUUGGAGACAAUGUUUAUAUAUAAUAUAUGUUUAAAUCA